CUUACAGACGUAUCAUCACAGACAUGGCGGCUAGCUCACCGCGGAAUCCCCCUCCUCUCCGUGGAGCAGAGAACCAAGACCCACUUUCCGAAAUGGCAGAUGAAGACAGUGACGAAGGGGAGGAUAUAUUCGUUGGCAAUAGCAACCCUGUUGCAGAGUCCUUUCAGCCUGACACAGCCAAUGGUGAAGAACCAGCUGACCUCUUCAGUGAAGAAGAAACCAGCACCGCUGUCAACAGUUCCAUCACAACCUUUAAGUCCAACGGUGUCCAUUCAGACAAUGAGAAUGAUCUAUUUGCAGAGGUCUCGGUGGAGCUGUCCAUGGAGAACCCCAGCACCACAGCCAAGACCUCUGGAGCUGAAUUCACCCCGUCACUUACACUAUCAGCAACACAACCCAGGUCUAUGGAGCAGGUAGGCUACAACAGGACAUCAGCAACACAACCCAGGUCUAUGGAGCAGGUAGGCUACAACAGGACAUCAGCAACACAACCCAGGUCUAUGGAGCAGUUGGAAGAGGAAAAGGAUGAGGACAGCUUUGACAUGGAUGUUGCUGUCACCAAUCCAGAGAAAAUUGGAGAUGGCAUGAACGCUUACAUGGCCUACAAGGUGUCCACUCGGACUACAUUACCCAUGUUCAGGAACAGGACAUUCUCGGUGUGGAGGAGGUUCAGUGAUUUCCUUGGGCUGUAUGAGAAGCUGUCGGUGAAGCACUCCCUGAACGGCUGUAUCAUCCCUCCACCACCAGAGAAGAGCGUUGUGGGGAUGACCAAAGUGAAGGUGGGAAAGGAGGACUCUUCCUCGGCUGACUUUGUGGAGAGGAGGAGAGCGGCUCUGGAGAGGUACCUGCAGAGAGUAGUGUGUCACCCGUCCCUGUUACAAGACCCUGAUGUCAGAGAGUUCCUGGAAAGAGACGAGCUGCCUAGGGCGGUGGGUACACACACACUGAGUGGAGCUGGCUUCCUGAAGAUGAUCAACAGAGCAUCUGAUGCUGUCAGUAAAAUGACCAUCAAGAUCAGCUACUCGGACGCUUGGUUUGACAACAAACUGCAGGAGGUGGAGAGCGAGGAUCUGCAGCUGAGGAAACUCCAUGCGGUGGUGGACUCCCUGGUCAACCACAGAAAGGAGCUCUGCGGGAACACAGCAGUGUUCGCCAAGAGCAUGGCCAUGCUGGGCAACUCGGAGGACAACACAGCUCUGUCCCGGGCCCUCUCCCAACUGGCCGAGGUGGAGGACAAGAUGGAGACGCUACACCAGGAGCAGGCGGCCAGCGACUUCUUCAUCUUGGCCGAGCUGCUGGCCGACUACAUCCGCCUACUUGGAGCCGUCAGGGGCUGUUUUGAGCAGCGCAUGAAAACGUGGCAGCGCUGGCAGGAGGCUCAGAGCACCCUGCAGAAGAAGAGGGAGGUUGAGGCAAAGCUUCUGUGGGCCAACAAGCCUGACAAACUACAACAGGCCAAAGAGGAGAUUACUGAGUGGGAGGGUAAAGUCACUCAGUACGAGAGGGAUUUUGACAGGAUCUCUGUAACCGUUCGCAAGGAAUUCCUCAGGUUUGAGAAAGAGAAGUCCAAGGACUUCAAAAGCCAGAUAGUGAAAUAUCUGGAGUCUCUUCUACAGUCUCAACAGCGGCUCGUAAUGUUCUGGGAAGCAUUCCUGCCUGAAGCAAAAGCGAUAGCAUGAUGAAGCUUGAGGACGUUAGGAAGAGAACGACUGCCUUUUUGAACACUUUACCUCCUGACUAUGUACCCAGAAGACAAUGCAACAGAGGGGACAACUACUCUACAGCUCAUCCAUAUUAUUUUAGCAUUAGUAAUUUAUUUUCCAGCUUUUCAGUAAUGCUCUACAUCAGCACAAUGUAUUGAUUCAACAGAGAUGAAUUUGACAGUAUAGCUUUUCUAUGUAAACAUGUCAGUGGUGUAAGUGGGUUAUUUUUUUUACUCUGUGUUCUUGGGCCACCCUUACUCAGAUAGGAAGAGUUUGGCUUUCCAAUCCUAAAGUGUUCACAUUUUGAGGUACUUCCCUAGAGUAGUAGUGUUUGUUUACAGUGGAGGGCAGUUCAUAACUGUUUACAAAAGCUCAUGAAAUAACUUUUGGAUCCACAAACGCAUAGGGGAAUGUAGUAAAUUGUGUGUGUCCUGUGAAAUACCACUUUGACUAGAGUGCUCAUUCAAACUGAUAGACGGACUAAUACCAACGGUCCUCAGUUUGUGCAUUUCCAGACCUACAGUGAAGGGACAAAAUAAUGGAAGCACGGAGUGUAUGUUUAUGGUGACCCAUCAGAUGAGUGUGCCUGCCUGUGUCUUUGUGCGUGUUCACCAUUGUUUGAUCAUCUGUUUCCUCAAAUAAUUAUGAUCAACAACAGUCUUUCUGAACUGACCAUCAGUAUAUUUUUACAUCUGUGUUCAAACAUGUAGCCUCAUUGAAUUCAAUGUGAUUGUGAAAUGUGUCAUGUUCAGUGGUUGAAAAAGUACUAAAUGUUCAUACUUGAGUAAAAGUACAAAGUAAAAGUCAAUGCUAUACAUAAAAUUCCUUAUAUUAAGCAAACCAGA